AUGCCCACGCGGCUGACUUCUGCGGGACCACAACGCUGGUCUGUGCUUUAUUCGUUCGAUGUUCAUCGCAAGUCCAAACGCUGGAAGGACGGUAUUCUUCAAAGCAGUGCGGUGCCGGGCAACGAGGCUCGCGUUCGGUUGCAGCUGUUAGAUGAAACAGUGCCUACGGACGAGUCUCCCGAGUCGAGCUCCAGCGCGUGUGCGAGUCGUGCACAUCAAAGGAGACGUACAGUGUUCAGCGAGACGGUGCCAAGGACGAAAAUUGACGUUAGCGGCGAGGUUUUCUCGCUCGGUAACCAGAUCUUGGUGCAGGUUCUGGAGCCCGUGGAGUCAGUCGAGGAGGACUGCAAACAAGCGCCGCCAGCUCUUCGGGAUAGCCUGUCACCGCGUGCAGCGUCAAGUGACGGUGAAAGCUUACAGACGGGGCUUCAAGGUACAGUCAGACCGGCGAACAGCACCCGUCGACCUCUCGGGGUGACCGGUUUACGGAGGCUUGGCCGGUUGCCAAAUUCAAUAAAUAGCGCUCGGAGCGCCGGCGAGUCGCACGCGGAACCAUACGAACGUGUGCCUCCAGGUCCCGCGUGGCGACAGUCAUGCUUCGACAAUGCACAAUCGUUGUCGAGCACAGGGCUAGACCUGGACCAGCGAGAACGUAGCGUGCAGGCUUCGAAAACCGCGGCGCAGUUUUCAAGGCCAAAGUCAUCAACAAACCACAAAGCUGGUGCGUCGGUUGGUGCGGUCAAAGGGGGCAGUGCGCAUGAGGACUCGGCACCAAUGCAGGGACCGCAAAACAUGAUUGAGAAUGGGAAGCGUUGCCCCCGAGUCCAGCUAAGCGACGAGCAACUCCUGUCCAUGUUGGCAGAGGAUAGCCCGCUCGAUGCGUCCGGGACAGCGGGAGCACCCCAGGGCUCGUGUUUUACACGUCCCCAGGUAAGCGGCUGCGGUAUCGGCCCUAGCGCGUUUGCAAAAGACGCUGACGCGUCUACAGAGCCGCCUCGGUUUCGGGUCAGCGCGUCGCAUCCGCGACUUGCAACGUGUCUCCCUUCCUCGGGAGCAAUCGACAGCGUCGGUGUUUCGGUGAGACAUCGCAGCAGCGCUAGCCGGCAGAUCACGAAUGCGCAGGAUCUGACGCUCACGUUCCCGCGCAGGAGCGCUUCGAGUCGCAAGGAAACUGCGGAUGUUGGCGAGCUGUGUCCCGGUGGCCGCAAGCCAGCUGGAUCGUCUUCGAGUACUCAAGUAUCGCUCCAAACAACCAAUACAUGGAACUCGAUUCCCGCAUACCGUCAAGAGAUGCUCCUUUUGCUUGCUGCACAGAUACAAAAGCAGCUUGAUGCUCAGGCUGAAGUUCUGGAACGCGCCUGCGAGCAACUUCUGGACCAUUCCUCAAAACAGCCUGCAUAUGCACAUAUUGCACUUCCGCAUCGGCAAGGUUCUGCUCUCAUCGUGCGACAUGGCGUUGAAAGUUUCGCUGUGAUGUCGCGAACAGCCAAAAACGCCCAGCGAACUCGCCAUGGCUUGCAUGACGAAACCAAACAACCGCCGGACGAUCAACUGGUUCCCGGUACGAAGUACUUUCUGCGCUUUCGACCCGAGAGCAGACUCGAUGAAUUCGCCACUUGCCUGGACCGUGACGCGCUCUGGGCCCUCGGAACGCGCACAGCUUGGCGGGAGCAUUUCCGUAGCGAACAUUCAUCCGCAGUCGCUGAUGGAGUUACGUUGGUGCGCUCCCUGUACCAUGGCGUUUCGACGGUAUCCGGCCUCUUGGAGGUCCAGCCGCUAGGACGCUGCAACCGUCGUAUAUGGCGAAAGCAGCCUUGUAGCGUUCUCGUCAUGUGCUGCGCAUGCUUGCCCACAGAGCUGCUGUGUUUAGACGCGUUUUUGAACGAGGAGCCGUUCGGGCGGCUCCAUGUCUUGCGCCAGCUCGUCGGUUCUCCGGUAGCAACCACCAAUACCAAGCAGCCACAAGCGCAAAAUGAUUGUCUCCAGCAAGUCCCUCUUCGGAAUGAGGAUCAAAAGUCGCUAGAAAGUUGCGGCGGGCAACCAUUUGCAAAUGCUGACAUUCCACUUGUGCCGUCGAGUGCCGAACCGGGUACACGUUCCGAUUCAAAGCCUUCUUCCGAUCCCGCUGUUCAGCUUGAGGGACGGCAGCGCACGCUCUUUUCGCUCGACUCGCCAUGUCCUAGCAGUGGUGGCGUUCCAACAGAGCUGGCGUCAGCAUGCGCUGCGCAGCACCAGCGGUUGGAAACCGUUUCAUCCGCUUGGAACUUGGAACAACAACAACAACAACAACAAGUCAUCCAGGCGUGUUUGAACGGCGUCGCUCUCAUUAGAAGCAAGGACUCGCAAGCGAGAGGCGUUGAUCGACCUCAUUUGGUUGCCGUGCACGGAGCGUUUGGCACUGGCAAGACCCGAACCUUGGUGGAGAGCAUCCUGGCAAUGUUAGAGCAACAACCAUCGCUUCGUAUCCUCGUUGCUGCUGGUACCAAUGUCGCCGUCGACAAUAUUCUACUUGGGCUGUUGCAGCGCGGCUUCAAGGACUUUGCUCGCGCGGGUAACGAAGGGCGAAUGCAUCCAAGUGUGUGCGAAUUCACACUAAAGGGAUUCAAGAAACGCUUCCGUCGAGCGACAGUAGACAAUGGACGAGACUCCAUGCAGGUCCAUCCAGCGUCUGCUGGAACGAAUAUCGCUCAAGCUAUGUCGCAUGAGGCGCCCACCGUCGCCCCCGUGGACGGUGAAUUUCCGUCUCCUCGAGACAGCACGCAGGUGGAGCAAUCAAUGUCGGCGCUGCGGAAACGCGUGUCGGGAAGUGGAUGCCGCACCGGCCUGAUGAAGCUCGUCAGCGCCCCGCAGAUCUGUUUCACAGGGAAUGCAACCUCGACGAAGCUAUGUCCGCAGCGAAGACGCGACUCAUGUCUCGAUCUACGAGCACCAGCUGAAGAACUGGAUUCUGAAACAGUUGAGAAAGCAAGUCGAGAAGCGUUUCGGAGUCGAUCAGUAGUCGGUGUUACCUGCGCUUCUGCAACGCAGGCCAUUCUGCACGGACUCCGCUUCGAUGUCGUUCUCGUUGAUGAGGCCUCGCAGAUCAUGGAGCCGCUUGCUCUGGCACCCAUUCUAGAACUCGGCGCCGAUCACGUCUUUGUCGUGAUCGCCGGCGACGAGCGACAACUGCCCCCAUUGAUGAGCGGCAGGUCCUCGGAAGACGUUCCCGACCAGUGCUGCAUAAGUAGGUCGCUGUUGAAGCGCCUCGGUGAACGAGCCGAUGUACUGAACCUAUAUCUCACUGUGCAGUUCAGAUGCCAUCCCCAGAUUGCUCAGAUCGCAUCCGAGCUCGCCUAUGGAGGCGCCGUACGAAGCGCGUACCCGAUUACCGCAUUUCCAGCGGCGGUGCCCAGGCUCGCCCCGGUUACUUUUGUGCCAAUCGAUGGUCAUGACGAAGCUAGCCUGGAUAAGAGUCGUUUCAAUCGCGUGGAAGCGCAAUGGAUUGUGCGUUUUCUCCAGCGAAUCGCGCGGUGCUCUGCCAUGGAACCCACACAAGUGGGGGUUAUCUGUUUGUAUCGGGCCCAAGCCGCCAUUAUCCAACACCUUGCAAACGCCUCGGACAACGCCGAAUUGGGGCACAGGCCUCGGAUAUCGGCAGCGAAAAUCGAAUCCAGUCGCUGGAGUAUGGCAUCCGUCAAGAUCAGCACCAUCGAUGCUUUUCAAGGCGGCGAGCGCAAGCUGAUUGUGCUCUCGACGGUUUGCAGCUGCCGGUCUCAGGGUCGACAACUACUGGAUUCGCUGGAACGUGUGAACGUCGCGCUCACUCGGGCCAGUCAUCACCUCAUCAUUACUGGCCAUCGACUCACAUUGACCUCGAAUCCCAUAUGGCGACGAGUUCUGGAGCAUUGCGAGCCGCUGCCGCCGUCGCUGGCAGGCACGGCACUGAACACGCUCGACCAUUAG